AUGGCAGAAACCCAUAGCACAGAGUGGGCAUUGCUGUUCCCUCUAAAAGCAGGACUUUUCACACUUCGAACAGCUCCUGAAAUAUCCCGAUCAACCGCGAUGCCUCAACAAGGAAGCAGACGUCGAUCUAGUAUGUCGGAUCUGGAUAAAUUAUCAGCAGCGUUGCCGGAUCUGGUGCGAUCUGCUGCAGGAAGUAUGCAUUAUGGGUUAAGUUUUAACUCCUUACCGCACAGUCCACAUGCUGCAAAAAGUAUUUGUUCUUCUGGCACUUAUCCUCAAGGAAGUAUCGGAGAUUUGAUGAAUUUGAAGAAGUAUGGUGGCAGUUCGUGGAGUGUGCGCAGUGAAACUUUAGUGGCGAAAACUGUUCCUCUGUCGACUGUAACGCCACGGCACAGUCCGACAAGAAAGCCUUGUUGUGAAAAUAUGAUAACGGUGGAAAUAUUGAAUGACGAUGAGGAGGAUAAUGUAGAUUGUGAUGCCGUUUUGACUUCCGCACAGAGGACGCAAAAGCUCACCCGGUUGCUGAAGAAACAGCGCGCCUCGGCUAACAGAGCUUUGGUGAGUUACUACAAUUAUUCUUCUAUUGCAUUUGAUAUUUGUUUUCUCGUUUGGUAA